AUACUAGGAGCUGACGUCUCCGAAAAGUCCGACUGCUCGAUGAUGAAAAGAUAGAGAUGAUAUACAUCAGGAUGAAGAUGAAAAAAUGAACUCGCUACAACAUGCAAUCAAUCUCUGUCCUCUCUUCCCAGAAGGAACACUGCGGAAUAAAAUUAAGAAAUAGCGUAACCCCUUCUAUUCCUCAACAUUUCUGUCGUGGGAGUGUGGCUUUCGUCAGUAUGCAAGGAUCAGAUUGAUGCCGUCAACCCAUGAUCUGGAAAGAAUCCAACAUUGUUG